AUGAUUAUGACUUUAUUAUAAGCAUAUAAAGACUAGAUUUGAGAGUUCAAGAUUGAUCAGACAAAGAAAAAAUUCCCAUGGAUUCCACUAAAAAAAACAAAUUUCUUUCUUCUAACUUGUUUUUUGCCUUCAUUUUAGUGUCAUCAAAUCUCUUAACAUUAUUCAUUUCUACCUCUUUUAACACCUCUUGUUCUUUAAAUCAGCAAAUAGAUAUUGCUUCACCUGUUGUGGCUAAAGUAGCACCUGAAUAUGAAGCUGUUCAAGUAUCUGAUAACACACAAUCUGAUCAAAAUCUUCCAUCUGAGUUCCUUACUUUCACAUCUCCACAAAAACUUCCUUUAGGAUUCAGCAAGAACUUUGACUCUAACGAAAUCAUGCCACCGGUUGGUAGUCCGUGUACUUUGUUUCGCGAUUUACUUAAUCCUUACAUGUCAUAUAAUGUCAAUGGUUCUUGUCCUGAUGAUGAACUUCUAGCACAAAAGUUGCUUCUUAAAGGUUGUGAGCCACUUCCUCGUCGUAGAUGUCGUGCAGCUGCUCAACAAGAAUAUGUUGAGCCUUAUCCAAUUCCCGAGAGUUUUUGGAAUACACCCUCUGAUUCCUCUGUAGUUUGGAGUGGCUAUUCUUGCAAAAACUACGAUUGUUUAAUCAAUCGCGUUAGAAAUCAGAGAGGAUUUGAUGAUUGUAAAGAUUGUUUCGAUCUAAAUGGCAAAGAGAAAUCGCGUUGGACAGCGAAAACUGGUACUCGUCUUGACUUCUCUAUUGAUGAAGUGUUAGCAGUAAAGAAACCAGGAACAAUUAGAAUUGGACUCGAUAUUGGAGGUGGUGUGGCUACAUUUGCAAUAAGAAUGAGAGAAAGGAAUAUUACAAUUGUGACCACUUCAAUGAACCUAAAUGGUCCUUUUAAUAACUUUAUAGCUUCAAGAGGAGUUAUACCAUUAUACGUUAGUAUUUCACAAAGACUUCCAUUUUUCGACAACACGUUGGAUAUUGUACACUCAAUGCAUGUAAUGAGUAACUGGAUACCGACUACACUUCUGCACUUCUUGUUGUUUGAUAUUUAUAGGGUACUUCGGCCUGGUGGUUUGUUUUGGCUUGACCAUUUCUUCUGUGCUGGUGAUCAGUUGGAGCAAGUGUAUGCGCCACUUAUUGAGAGUGUUGGUUUCAAUAAAGUGAAGUGGAUUGUAGGGCGAAAGCUCGAUAGAGGCCCCGAGCUAAACGAGAUGUAUCUUUCAGCUUUGUUGGAGAAGCCAUUGAAGAAUUCUUGGUAACACUAUUUAGUGUUCCUUUUUUAUUUUUCAACUCGGAAAUAGGAGAGAAGAAAGUUGUGUUCUCCUUAUAUGUUCUUUUGUUCUAUUGUACUCAAAUGACAUAUGCAGACAUCAAAUACACAUAUAAAACAACUUGAGUUUGAAUACAAUCAAAUCUCUUUAUAAUA